AUGAUUUAUAAGGCGGAAAAAUUUGGAGAAAAAUACACGACGAGAUGGGAUAACAUAGACGUCGAUGAAAUCCUAUCAAGUGAAAGAUUACUUGGAAAUUAUAAAAAAUGUUUAAUGGAUCAAGGACCCUGUACGCCGGACGGCAAAGAAUUAAAAAAAAAUCUUCCGGAUGCUUUGAAAAACGAUUGUUCGAAAUGUAGCGAAAAACAAAAAAUCAACAUGCAUAAGGUUAUUGAUUUUUUUAAAGAUAAUAAAACGGAAUGGUGGGCGGAAUUGCAAAAAAAAUACGAUCCGGAAGGUAUUUAUUUAAAAAAUCACAUUGCGAAUAAUCGUCACGGUGAUAAGAAUGAUGAUAAAAGGGAUGACGAUAAAAAAAAAGAAGAACGGGAUGAAAUGGAGAAAAAUGAUAAUAAGGAAAAUUCGCGUUAA